AUGUCGACUACAUUUCAAGAGUCUUCUCGAUCCCGUGAACAUUCUCCGCCAUCAUCUGAAGUUUCUGAUACGGAAAAGCCAACAAAGCGUUCAAGAAAAGAUAAAGGCAAAGCCCAAGUUAAUUCUCGACGUAAAACUCUUACAUUUCAAGAAAAGCUAGAUAUAUGUAUUGAUAAGAAAAGAAAUAAGUUAAAAAAUACAGAUAUCGUUAGAAAAUAUAAUUUAUCUCCUUCUACGGUUAGUGAUAUCAUUCGAGGAGAAGAAAAAUGGAGAAAGUUAGUUUUUAGUGAUGGAUUAGAAGAAGCAAAACGAGGACCUAAAAGUUACUUUCCAGAAAUAGAAGAAGGUGUUUCUAUGUGGUGUGAACAGGCAAUAUUAGAUGGGGUUACGUUUAAUGGAACGAUUUUACAAAAUAAAGCAAAAAAAAUAGCGGACCUUUUAGAAAUCGAUGAAUCAAAAUUUUCUGCAACAUCUGAUGGAUGGCUUCGUCGUUUCAAAGAAAGAAAUAACUUGCAUGUAUACAAACGAAAAGCGGAUUUAGACAGCAUUGAUUAUGCACAAAUUCCUGUACACCGUGAAGAACUUCAAAAGCUUCUUCAAGAAUAUGAUUCAAAUAAUAUUUUCAAUUGUGAUGAGACCGCGUUAUAUUGGAAAUUGGAACCUUCUCAUACUCUUGCGCACAAUCCUAUUUUGGGAAAGAAAAAACCAAAAGGUCGAAUUACAUUAAUGUUGACGUGUAAUGUUACUGGUACAGAAAAAUUACCUUUGCUAUUUAUUCACAAAAGUGAAAAUCCACGUCCUCUUAAAGGAAUUGAAAAAUCAAGUUUACCAGUUUGGUAUUACUGGAAUGCAAAAGCAUGGAUGAUGCAAUCAGUAUUUGGUCACUAUCUUCGACGUUUGGAUAAUAUGAUGAGAAAGGCAAACCGAAAAAUCAUUUUAUUGGCCGACAAUGCUACAUCUCACAAAACAGAAGCUAUUAUCAAAAAAUUAACUAAUGUUAAAGUUCAUUUUUUGCCUCCCAACACGACCUCUGUUCUGCAACCACUUGAUCAAGGAAUUAUCUAUAAUUUAAAGGCUCAUUAUAGAUCAAUUUUAUGCGAAAAUCGAAUCGAAGAAUAUGACGCCCUCCGAUCCCGUCUUAGCCAGCAGCAAUAUUUAAAGCCAACCCCUAUGGAUUCUUUACCUGCAUUAACCAUAUUGGAUGCAAUUAACUUUUCCAGUAAGGCAUGGAAUCGAGUAACACAAACUACAAUUCAAUCCUCUUGGAUGAAAGCUAAAAUUUUGCCAGCAACAAUUAAUCUUGAAAUGGCAACGAUAAAUGAAGAAAAUACAGAAUUUGAGAUAACGACUUUAAUUAAUAAGUUACCUAUUGAAGAUGAAAAUAUCAGUGUUCAUGAUUUUAUUGAUUUUGAAUCAGUGACGAUGAGUAAUAAUAAUGAUAUUGAAGAUGAAGAAUUUAGUUUAAAGGAAAUAGUAUCAGCAAUUAGAGGAGAGGAUAUUAAUGAAGAGGAAGAGGAAAGAGUUAUUUCAGAAAAAAAAGUGACAAGUUCUCGGACUAUUUUGGGUUUGGAUGAUUUUGUUUUAUUUUGUCACCAAGAAGAUCUUGGUGUUGAUGCUCAAUUUUAUGAUCAAUUGAAAUGGUUGCGCAACCGUAUUGUAGAAAAGAGACAAAUUGCAACUGGUAGUACAAUGAUAGGAUAUUAUGCACCAAAAAAUACAGAAGAUGUAUCAGAUUGGAUUACUUUAUUACCUGGUUACUCGAUAUAUACAGCAGCUGCAAGAAAUGAUUGA